AUGUCCAAACUCACUCCUUACCCUCGUACCUUUCGCCGAGUGCUGGUCCGCAACCGCCUCAUCCGAUCCCUAUUCAUCAUCUUCGCCCUCUGGAAUCUAAUCGAGCUCCAUCUGAUCCUCCGUAACAUCUCCGAGGCCGACCAUGACCACAGCUAUCGUGAACAACCCCGUCAAAAAGAACGAAUCUACAUCGCCAGCGUCAACUGGAAUAAUGAACCCAUCAUGCGCAGCCAUUGGAGCCAGGCAUUGGUCAAUCUUGCCUGGAAACUCGGCCCCGAGAACUUAUACAUCAGCAUUUACGAGAGUGGCAGCUGGGAUAAUACCAAGGGGGCCUUGAUGGAACUGGAUCGAGAGUUGGCUCGCAUGCAGAUCCCCCGCAACAUCACUUUAUCGCCCGUCACACAUCAAGAUGAGAUCGCCGCCCCACCGGGGGAUCAUGGUUGGAUUGUUACACCUGCGGGGAAGAAAGAGCUGCGACGAAUUCCAUAUCUAUCGCGCAUUCGGAAUCUCAGCCUGGAGCCGCUCCAGGAACUUGCAGCGCAGGGAAUCACCUUUGACAAGGUUCUCUUCCUCAACGAUGUCGUUUUCACCGCAAACGACGUGUUCGAGUUACUCGACACAAACGAUGGAAACUACGCUGCAGCUUGCUCGCUCGAUUUCUCCAAACCACCCAAUUACUACGAUACAUUUGCUCUCCGUGACGUGAGCGGCCAUGAAGCUGUCAUGUCAACCUGGCCAUUCUUCCAAGAUCCAGUGUCUCGCUACGCCAUGAAAAGCAUGUCACCGGUCCCAGUGACAAGUUGCUGGAAUGGUAUCGUCGCAAUGCCCGCCGCGCCCUUCACCGCAUCCCCGCCACUCGAAUUCCGUGGAAUCGCCGACUCCCUCGCAGAAUCCCAUCUUGAAGGCUCUGAAUGCUGCCUGAUCCAUGCGGAUAACCCCCUCUCGAAACAAAAAGGCGUUUAUCUCAACCCGCUCGUGCGAGUGGGCUAUUCCGGUCCGGCGUACGUAGCCGUGAAUCCGGUCGUGAACUGGCUCACCCCGCGAAGGAUCCUCCAGGGACUGUGGGAGAACCGGCUCCGUCGAUGGACGAGUCUGACGUGGAUUAAGGAGAGAAUUGUCCGAUCGCGAAUUUCUCGUUGGGUCGCUCUAUCCGAGAAGAAUAAGGAGCCUGGGCCUUUUUGUAUCAUCAAUGAGAUGCAGAUAUUACAUCCCUAUGGGUGGUAUCAUGUAUGA